AAUUUGUAUAACAAAAAAAAUGACUUGUAUUUAGCCCAAAAAGAUCAACCAGGUAUCUCCUAAAGGUUACCAAAAAAACUGUACUAGAUGUCAAACGGAAGAAGGUGAAGAACAGAAAAUGGUGUUCAGAAACCCCGAGUUCUGGCGAUUCUUCAUCAAAGAAGCUUCCAAUUCAUCAAUGGCGUUACUCAAGUUCUUCUGCAUCGUCCAUGUCACUCGUACCUACGUUCUCGAUGUUGCCAGGAUUCCUGGUGCAAGUAUGCUUCCAACCUUUAAUAUUACUGGGAAUAAUUUAGCUCUAAUCGAUCGAAUUUCGCCUCGAUUUAGCAAUGUUGCUGUUGGAGAUGUUGUCGUUGUUUGUUCGCCUGAAAACCCUAGAAAAGUCAUCACUAAACGAUUGGUCGGAGUUGAGAAUGAUCGUGUUACGUAUCUUGUUGAUCCUAAGCACAAUGAUGAAUCUAACACCGUUGUGGUGCCAAAGGGGCAUCUAUGGGUGCAAGGAGAUAACAUAUAUGAUUCAAGAGAUUCAAGACACUUUGGCCCCGUUCCUUAUGGUCUUCUCUAUGGAAAAGUAUUUUGGAAAAUUUGGCCGAUGAAAGAUUUUGGACCAUUGUGAUUGGUUCCUACAACCCAAAGAAAGUUUCUGCUGAAGAAAAUUGUCAACUUUUUGUUUACUGGAUCUAACUCAUGAGCUCUUUGACAAAACACAAGUAUGCCUCAUGGUCUGGCGGGGAAACUUGGCUGACAGUGAUCGGCAAUAUGCACAGAAUUUAGGACAGGAUGUAAAUGCAUAAGUUGUUGCAUUAUUUUUUUACACAAAAAAAAUUCGCUAAUAAUUUUUUAGUUGUAUUGGUACAGUAGCAGGGCACAAUUUUGAGAUGCAGAUAUUUGUAAAUGCCUUAUCUUGGUAUUACUCUGUAUUAUUCUUGCUCAGUUCCCAGUGGUAUUCGUUGCAUGGGGAAGUUCUUCGUAGCACUAGUGCAAUUAGUCAUUUUGGUGAAUGUGACCAACUUAUGGUAGAGUACACCUGUUGGCCAGCUCCCUCCCUUGUCCAUUGGUUUGACGAUCUUAUGGUAGAGUACCGGGUGCAUCACUGAGGCUUACAUCGCUGCUCAUUGAUCACAUAAAUUUCCGGUUGAGCAGUCUUCUACAUAGAAUGGCUCCUAAAGUUAUUGUAAACAGCGGAUGUCAUUGUGAGAAUUUCACACAUUUUGACGCUUGAUCAUAUUUCUCGAGAUACGUAGUACUUUUUGUGGUAAAUUCACAUAGAUUUAGGCAUGUAAAACACAGUUUCAAAUACCAAGUUAUGUUGUGAAUUUGCACUUUCAUAAAUACAUUAAUGAUAAUAGUAGUAAAAUCAUUACUUUUA